CCGCUCUCUGCCCGCUAACUUUCCCGAGCCCCGACCCGCGGCGCAGAGCUGCCCGGCAGCUUCGGGGCCCACUGCACGCCGCGGGCCGCGGGCGCGGCUGUACCCUGCAUCCCAUCCCCGCGCCCCCGGCGCGCUGCGGAGAGAACGGAACGAUGCCCGGGGCUGGGGACCGAGGCGCUGUCCGGGCGAGAUGGCUGGGCACUGGGCUUCUGGGUCUCUUCCUGCUGCCUGCGUCCCUGUCACUGGAGGUGUCUGUGGGAAAGGCCACCACCAUCUAUGCUGUGAACGGCUCGGAGAUCCUGCUGCCCUGCACCUUCUCCAGCUGUUUUGGCUUCUACGACCUCCAAUUCUCAUGGUCCUACAACAGCAGUGACACUUUCAAGAUUCUCAUAGACGGGACUGUGAAGAAUGAGAAGACUGACCCCAAGGUGAAGUUCAAAGACGAUGACCGCAUCACUCUGGAGGGCACUACGAAGGACAAGAUGAACAACAUUUCUAUCCUGCUCAGGAACGUGGAUUUCAGUGACAUGGGCAAAUACACCUGUCACGUGAAGAACCCCAAGGAGAAUAAUCUUCAGCACCAGGCCACUAUCUUACUCCGAGUUGUAGAUAAAUUGGAGGAAGUGGACAACACCUUGACGCUCAUCAUCCUGGCUGUCGUGGGCGGGAUCAUCGGGCUCCUCAUCGUCAUCCUGCUGGUCAAGAAGUUCAUCGCCUUCACCAUAAAGAAGACCCAGGAGAAGAAGAAAGAGUGCCUCGUGAGCUCCUCAGGGAAUGACAACACGGAGAACGGGCUGCCCGGCUCCAGGGCGGAGGAGAAGCCCCCGACGAAAGUGUGAGGCCAGCUUGCGGCCCGGCAGCCGGAGCACCGCGCUGCGGGGAUGGACGGAACUUGAGCCGUGUCAGUGACUCCGCGCACCCGAGGCACCUGCUGCUUGGCCCGACCUGUAGUCUUUCUGGGUGCGGGGGGAACGGGGAUCCUGCCAGCCUGCCGCACCCCUCCCAGCCGGAGCCCCCCAGGGGAGGGCUGGCCAUGGGGGGGCCUGUGGAAGGUUUGGGAAGGGAAAGGGGGUGGGUGGUGGUGUGGGGGCCGGUCCCUCAACACCUGGGCACACAGGUCUUCUUCAGGCUCCCCACCCUGAACCCGCACUACCUGGGUUUGCCCCCAGGUUUCUCUCCAGGAGAGACGUGGAGGGUCAGUGGGGUCUGCGCUGCAGCGGGACCCCACUGGACAGCAGUGUGGAGACCUCACUGCUGAGGGUGGGGAGGCUGCUGGAGGCAGGCCCGCAGUGGGGCUUGGAGGGGUACCUGCUCCCCGACGUCCCUCUAGUGAGCACUGUCCCUUUCCCCCCUGCAGGGCACCUGUCUGCCUCGGACCCUCACCCCUGUCCCCUUCCCACCCUCCCCCUGCUGCUUGGAGUCUUGGAACCCUCCCACCCAGGCUGGCUAUCUUGGGCUUGGGGAGUCCUGGUGCACCAAGCCUGUUCCCCUGAUCUCUGGGUUCCUGAGGGACUCAUGACAACUGCCUGGACACUGGGGCACCAUGUAUGCCCUUCCCAGCACUUCUCCUUGGGGAAUCAGGGCUGCAGAGUGGGUGAGCCAGUGUCCUGGGCCCCUCGGCCAGUGGGCCGAUCUUUCUCCUGGGCAUGGCAGGACCACGGCCACUCCUGGGAAUUCCCCAGCUUGGCUCUCCCCACCCCUGCUUCCCCGAGGGGCAGGGGCAUCCUCUCGCUGAGGUGUUGCACCUUCCAGCCCUCCCUCCUGUUGGCUUGCACCUCUGUGCCCCUGUCCCCAUCUUCCCUGCCACCCCCACCUCCCCUGGCCCAGGGCUGCUCAUCUCCAGCCCCAGCUCAGGGCUUUCCUUCUCCACAGGGGGCAUCUUGCUUUGGGUGAGGGGGCCCUUGGGUGUGCUGGCUGCCCCCUGCUCAGCUGCGCCUCCCCCUUCCAUCCUAGGCUUGGGGAGGAGCAGGAUUCUCUUCCGAGACCUGGUUUGCACACCCCUUGUGUGUGGGGCUAGACUGUGCCUUAGUCCCUGCGCAUGCUGUCCCCCUCCCAUCCUUAAAGCCAACUUGGGGUGGCUUUGGUGAGGCUUCUCCAACGCACCUCCACCCAGGGUCCUGCGGGGGACCAGGGUGGAUCAUGUCACCACUGGCUCCCUGGCCAGUGACUGGAUCUUGGAGCCAUCUGCCCUGUGCUCCCAUGGGGGUCCCCAAUGGGGGCUGUGGUGGUGUUACCCUGUGGAGUGGGGUGGGGAGGUGAGGGGUGGCGUGGUGACAGGGGUCUCACCUUGUCUGCUCCCAUUCCCUUGCUCUCACGGAACUUCUGGGUCCCUGGGAGGAGUGGGAGGGGAGCAGCCUGCUUCUCCAGGGCUUCUAGGGCCUGCCUCAGGACUCUCCCUGCCAAAGGUCAGCAGCAAGCCACCCCCAGGGUGGAGAGGGGGACUGAUGGGCAACAGCCCCUGCAGAACGCUUGUGCCCCCCAAGAACCGUUGCUGCACAGCGGGUUCGCAGGGACCCACUCUGAUCUGCCUCUGUCCCUCUCACCCUUCUCCACCCAGAACCCAUUCUAGGCAUGGGUUCAGAGUUCCCUGGCUUUGGGGGCAGAGCCACCAGCCAUUUGGAAAAUGUCUUAUAGCUGCUUUCACGCAAAACUGCUGUCUUCCCCGUUCCUAGCUCAGCACCUAGUGGGCAGCGUGUCCCGGGCUCCUCUUCCUCUCUCAAGAGGAGGCCUCGCAGAUCGCCUAGCGGGAAGAGCCUCACCCUCCCCACUCCCGGGCCUGCUGCCGACUAAUGGCGGGUCAUGCAUCCUCUUUCGGCUCAGCUUUUCCCAUCUGGAAAAUGGGUAUAAUAAUACUUAGCUACCUCACAGGACUGUUGUGAGGCUUGGCGAGUUUUUGUUUAAAAAAUCUUUUUGGCUUGGAAAGUGAUCUAAGAAGCCAGGUGUUAGAAUUGGGAUUGUUCCAAGUCUUCCCUGUCCUCCCUCUGUGUCCCAUCCCUGUAACACACACACACAUGCACACGCACACACACACAUGCAUGCACGCACACACAUGCACACGCACACACACACAUGCAUGUAUACACACACAUGCACACACACACACACACAUUCUAAUCUUUGUAAUGUCAGAAGCUUGGCUGUGAUGCUCAAAGCUUCCUGUCCAUGGCUUUUGUUGGUGGUUUUCAGUAGAUGUGAUGAGGAUUAUAGGGAAACUACUGGGAGCCACAGUGCCCGGGGGCCCUCAUGGCAUUUAGUCAGCAGGGAACCAAGAAUGCUAAACUUAGUCCUCACAGCAGAGAAUCGUCCUGCCCCAGCACUGGGGUCACACCCAUGGAGAGGCAGUGACACAGAUUCACAACAGAAUGUUGAAGGGCACAGCUGUCUUCCCAGGCAGACCCUCAGUGCACACACGUCUCUGAGGGUGGUCUCCAGGUGCUGGCGAGGGUGCUUCCUGGGCUUGUGGGUGGGAGAGAGCUCUUUACAAAGCUCAUCUUGGGAGCCUUGGGUAUGCGCAGCUGUGCUAACAGCGAAGUUGGUGAGACUGAAGACAAAGCCUUUCCCAGGUCCUCAUCCUUGGCCUCAAAUCAGGAGUAUAGUGCUCCAGGCCCUGGGCUUCUCCCGUGUUGAACUUGAACAGAAGGCAGCCAGGAUGAACGUGGGAUGCUAGAGAGGCCUGGAGAGGGGUCAGUGCAGCUCAAGGGACUUUUCACCCCUGGCUGGCUGACCAGACCUGGUGGCCAAGCAGAGAGCAUGCUCCUGAUGGUGGCCAGUGGGGGUGUGCAUGUGUGUUCUGUGGCUGUGGCGUGUGCGUGUAGGGACACAUGCCUGUGGAGCAGGUGGCUGCACACAGGAGGGGGUGUGAGUGUGUGUAAAGGCUGAGUGUGCCUGACACCGGGCAGACUGCACAUUUUGGGAGCCAUCUUUCCUGGCCUGAGCUAGACCUGUUGGGGGCCCUGGAGGCUGAGAAAGGAUAAGGACAGAGGGGCAGACCAGCCGUGUUCUUGGUUCCCUUGCCCCAUGCCUCCCUCUCAUUGUUACGGGACAGCUGCCGGGUGGGGGGAAGGAGAGCAGGGGGGACUUCUGGGGAAAUCCCAGAGCUCAGCUUCCCUUUGCUUCGCCUCAGGUUGGGGUCCUCCCCCUCCCCCCUCCCCCCUGAUAUUCAGUGCUUUUGACUAUCUUAUGCAUGGUUUGUUCCUCUGGCUGGGAAGACAACAAUACCCAUAGUCAGUUUUCCUGUAUCACUAUGGCUUCAGCAGUGCAGCAGCCGGCCUGAGGAGGCCUCAGGUCCGUGGGUGCCUCUGGGAGGCGCAGGGGUGCACGCACCCAGCACUGACUUGUGUUCAAGCACGGGAUAGGUGUGAUCAGACUCUCCUGCCUUUCUAACAUGUUUUGCAUUGUAGAAUUUUAUUUAGCUUUGCCUUGGAUGAAAUAAAAAUUAUGUUUAAUAGAAA